AUGCCUUUCGACUUCAAGGCCUACGAUGAGAAGUGCAGGGGACUCACCCUCGAGGAGCUCCAGCGCGAGUGGGAGCAUUACACCCGCCUCAUCUCCGGCGCCGCAACCUCUACGGCCGUCUCAGGCAUGGCCAUCCCCCUCACCCUCGGAGUGUCGACCAUCGGCGUGGCCAUGGCCGCACCCGCUAUUCACAACGCCCGCAAGAAGCGAGAGAUCAUCGAGCGACACCUCAACAGACACAACUCGACACAUCACACCCGCAAACGUGAUGUUCUAGGCAGCAUGGCUGUUAGCGGCACUAUCGGCGUUGUAACAUUGGGAGUUGGUUCAAUGGGUGCCGAUGCUGUCGCUACUGCUGGAGCAGAGCAUGGAAUCCAGUCGAUUGUAGCCAACGAAACCGCCAUCAAGAUUGCGACGCAUGCUGCCCUCGACGGAGCGGGAAUGGCUAUUGAGCACAAACACACAGAUCGUCUCAAGAAGAAGGAUGCCCUCAAGGCGUUCAAGAAAGCUGGGGUUUUCCAGGCCGUCCAAGACGCCAAGGCCGCCGAAGCUGGAUAUUCGAUCCAGCCCUACAACCAGCAGGGGUACCCUUAUGCUGCCGCUGGUAGCUCCUCUCAAGCACCUCCCAUUCCUCCUCCCCCGCCAUACACUCCUGCCGAUGGGCAGACACCGGCUCCUCCCUCUUAUGCGUUGAAUGCGAAUGGUUAUCCUCAGGACUUCAAGGCACCCAUCGCUUAUACCCCAGCACCUCAGGGUCAACAGUACAUUACCCCAGAUGCCACCGGCCAGCAGCCUGCGCCGCAAUACUAUGGCUAUCCUCCACAGCAGGGUGCUCCUCAACAACAGGCUCCCUAUCAGCAGCAGCCCGGUCAACAACCCUAUCAGCAACCUGCCUCCUACCAGCAGCAAGUUCCUGGUCAACAGGCGCCUCAGCAACAGGUCUUUUCUCCUCAGCAAGUUCCCGCCCAGCAGCAAGCCAUCCCUCAACAGCCGCCGCCCGGUCAUUCUUCCGCACCUUCAAUCAGUGCCCAGGUUCUCUCACCACCACAGACCCCAGCUGUGGGAUAUCCUCCCCAGGUUGUGCAAAAUAUCCAGUCUCCCGCUGUCGCCCAGCCGCAGCCACACGAGCAACCAGGCUACUUUCCCCAGACGACGGCGAACCCACCCAACAACCCUGCCCCUUCAACUCAAGUGUACGACAUGUCGGGCAUCAAGGGCGCUCUUCCGGCUCAAACGCCUGCACCAACGGGUUCAUCAUAUCAGCCUCCACCACCCCAGCAGUACUCUGGUGCUCCUUUGCCAACGCCCGCUCAGGAACAGCCCCAGACUUACACAUACCUCCCAGCGCAAACGCCUCAGCCAGCCGUAGCGGGAUACCCUCCUCCCCUCUCUCUUCCCCCUCAGCCAACUCCUCAACCGGCAUCUGCUCAAGUACCUUCAGUCUCGGUUCCUCCGCCACCAACACUACAGCCCGUGUCUACGGUCCAAGUGCCACCAGUCUCGGUGCCUCCUCAGACGACACCGCAAGCGGUACCUACACUUCAGACACCGUCGGUCGAGUACCAGCAACCAACUGGCCCUGGCUCCCAACCCCAGUACUAUCCGCAAGCCACGUACCAACACACUGGAACAUAUCAACAAGCCCAGGUGCCACCGCCUCCUCCUCAGGAGCACCCUGAUAGGAGGGCUUCGAUGAUCAGCACGGUACAGCAGCCUCUCGCUCCACACCCUACCUACAAUCCUCAACACUACCAACCAGCAUCUCAUCAACAAGCGUAUACCCAUUCUGCAUAUCCAACUGCCCAUACACCUUCACCGCCCCAGCAAACACCAGCACCAUAUCAAGCAGCGCAAUAUCAGGCUCCUCCCCCUCCCCCUGUAGCCAGCACCAAUGCCCCUCAGUAUCAACUCAGUGCGCACUACACGGUUCCUGGUCAACCACAAGAGCAGUACAAGCCAGGCAAUCAAUACCAGAACGGACAGCCCGCCCAUCAGCCCCAGUACAGCCAACAGUAUUACUACCCUCCAACUCCAGUCUCGUUGCCCACUUCUCCCCCAGCAGUGUAG